GAUUCCGUUCCGUCGUCUCAGACACAGGAAUACUACGAACGAGGCCACACCGAACCGCAGCAAGAUGGCACUCCUCCAUCGAGUUGCUCUCUUCACCACCCUAGCGAUGGCCGUUUGUGGUGCAGAACUGUUUACACAAACUGUGCCGGACGAUUUCUACCAGCGCAAAGAUCUCAGCGACUGUCUGGAACGGUUCCAUGCACCGAAGCUGUACGACAGCCAGUGUUUAAUAUUCGGUGGCACACAGGUGAAUGUGACCGAGUUCCCCCAUAUGGCCGUGCUUGGCUGGAAGGUGGAAGAGCUCGGCGAAGGUGCUGACAGUGAUGAUGAUGGUGCUAGUGUACGAUGGCAGUGCGGUGGAUCACUCAUUACGGUGAAGUUCGUGCUGACGGCAGCACACUGUGCGGCAGACGCAAACAACAUCCCACCCCGGCUGGUACGGUUGGGAGAUGUAAAUCUCGCCUCGACGAAAGAUGAUGCAUACGCGCAGCAGUUCGACAUCCUACGUAUCGUGCGUCAUCCGGAGCAUCGUUUCUCGAGGAAGUACUUUGAUCUAGCCCUCGUAGAGCUGGACGGUGUCGUAAGACUUACAGAAGGCGUUUGUCCGACAUGUUUGUGGACAAACAGCAAAGUCCUACCAGCACAAUUCUUUCAAACGGCCGGCUUUGGUGAAAUAACCUUGGGUGGAGGAUCGGUGCCGACACUGCUGAAAACUGCGCUAAGUGCAACCGACCCUACCCAGUGCUCCGAAUCGUUCAAAUACAUACGCGGCCUACCGGAAGGCAUCAGGCACGAUCAAGUGUGUGCCUCCAUGCUAAACGCUGACACUUGCCAGGGUGAUUCGGGUGGACCGCUGCAAGUCUCGCUACGCAGCUACAGCACCGAGCACCCGUUCCUAGUGGCGCUGACGUCGUUCGGAAGGGGCUGCGGGAUAGGAUCGUCGGGCGUUUAUCAGCAGGUAGCCGCCCACAUUCCGUGGAUCGAAUCGGUAGUAAACGAAACCAUGGAUCCGGUUCGUUGCACCGAGAAGUAUGGGGCGUUCCGGUUGAUUCGCUCGCUGGAGCCGGAAUGUAGCUUGCGGGGGCAUAGGAAGAGCCGUGUCCGGUUUCUGUGGCCUGAAGGAGAACAGGACGUCAAGCAGUAUUGCAGUGGAACGCUGAUUGAUUACAACACGGUGCUAACGUCGGCAAGUUGUACCAAAAACGCUGCCGGUGUUCAUCCAGUGGAGGUAGAGAUUUUGGAAGAAAGAGUGAAAAUUGUGGAAAUUCAAGUACAUCCACAGUUCGAAGAGUUGUCACCACACCACAACCUAGCAUUGGUGCGCUUGGAAAAGUAUCUAAAUGAUACCGAACAUGUAGCACCGAGUUGCAUGCCGCUCCAGAAAAGCUCUGAAAUAUGUACUGAUCGUCAAACGCACGAUCCCGUAGCUUGUUGGGAUAAGUUCGCAGAAAGAACCAAGCGGAAUCUGCUGAACAAUCUUUGCUCCUCACAAAACAUACGCUCCAGUACGGUGAGAUUGAUCUGGUCGGCUCAAGAUGACCAACAACAGUCAUGUGUAGGAACGGUGAUAAAACCUGACACUGUAAUCACUUCAAUACGGUGUAUGCUCGAACAUCGCGACACACCUCCGGUGGAAGUUGCGUUCAAUGAUAUGGGUAAUGAGAGGCGAGUAAAGGUUGUGAAAACUCUGAAACAUCCCGGAAAUAAGAAAGGAAGCCGUAACCGUGACACUGCACUGCUGCUGUUAGCCAAACCGCUUGAAAACCUGAUACCAAACUGCAUUCAAAGCUUGGUUGCUGACAAACGAUUCAACAGAACGCAGGUGCCUGUUUACAAGCAAGAAACAUCAUCAGGAAUUCUUGGACUUCCGGCAAGCCGAAUGUGCAAUGGUCGUAUGCUGGACAGCUUUCGAGAGUUGGUAGGUGAAACCGUUGCUCACAGUUCACAAUACACAUGCUGGGAUACGGACCAACGGCUUGUCCCCGGAACGAUCCCCGUCGUACGCGGGGCAGGUUUGUUGGAUGAAUCUAAUCGUUUCAUCCACGGUGUGACGACAGAUUUUAGCACCUAUGGCUCCGUAGAUCCCCUGGUAAGUGUAAACCUUACCUCGUACAUCGACUGGAUAACGCGCUUUGUACUGUACCGACCACCGAAGCUGGAGCUUGUGUUUCGUGGUGGUGAGGAUGAGUUCGAUUUCGGCAGCAGCUGUGUGCUGAAGAAUGGCACCACGGGCAACUGCAUGCCGGAGUAUGGUUGCGAGCGCACAAUUAAUGAGGCGAAAAGUGUGCAAGACAUUACGAUUUGUGGGUUUGAGGGAAGUGUCAGUUACGUUUGCUGCCCAAUAGGACAUCAGGAUUUUCCACCAAUUCCGGAGAUAGAGCAUCCUUCCGUUGUUAGUUUGUUACCUUCGCUACCGUAUGAGAACGUCCGGCUCGUUGCGUUUGAGUGACUGAAUAGAUUGUAAGUCUGUGCGUACUUUAGUAGAAUGUGUGUAAUAGAAGAAGAAGAAGAACAUACCUGAAAUUAAAGAAAAAGAACAAAUACAAAUGGUAUGUUAGAAUGAGCGGCAAUUAAGGAAGAAAGCCAAAAUGGCAUCUGAUUUGUUUGUUUA